AGAAAGGACACCUGCAAUUAUAAGGCUGCCGCAUGAUUAUCUUGGACGAGUUUUUAUCUCCACUCUUGCAACACCCCUCAACUUCGCCACUCCGUUGACGGAGUAUCAAUCGUUUAGUGAACAUGCAAUCCGACGACCUACCAUGGCCAGAACUUGGCAACGUCUCCCGUGGCGCCACUAGAGGCAAUCAAGGUCAAAAAGGUGCCUUGGGCCCUCCUGAUGCCGACGGUCGCUGUGUGCUCCAGCUACGAGUUCAACCCGGCGUGCUGGCUGUGAAACUAAACCGACGUUCAAGCGAUUGGUAUCGGACUCUCGACAAUGAAGUCAACCGCGCCCUGAAAUUGACAAAAACCUACUGGAGAAAAGCAAGAAGACGUCAAGACUAUGACGCUCGCGCAGAUCAAGAUCACAUGGAGUUGCAUGAGUGGUUGCAACAACUCAAGGAUAAGACAAUGUCACAUUUAGAGGUCCUUAUGCAGAAAGGCGACAUUCAGGGCCCUCCAUACGUGAUGCCCGAUGAUAUUGAGCUCGCCUUUCUAAGGAAAUUUAUUGAGCGACACAACGCCGGCAUCCCCCACAAUCCCCGCUUGCGACAUCUUGGCCCCAAUGCUCCCCAGCUUCCGCCCAUCGACGACUCCAUGGAGGUCUCAACACCUGAAUUAUCUGAAGGGAGUUAUCCGCCCUCCAGUUUAGUGGAUCAUAUCGCUCGAUUGCAGCCAGAAAGUAGUUCAAAUGUUUCAAGUCCAAAUUAUGUGCACUCACCAGGCACAUCUCGCGCACAUGUCAUUCGAACAUCCUCCUCGCCUUCAACAGCAACAUACGAGCAACUCUUACAAGACGCGCAGUCAUCUGGCCAAUAUCUUCAAGAAGCACGGGCAACGCUCGCACGUGCGCAGUCGCAAACACAAGAUGCGUUUCAACGAUAUACUGUUUGUCUGGAUGCGGAAGCUCGUGCUAGGCGGGAUGUCAGCGCCGCCGAACAGCAUCGUGACGAACUCAUGACAGCUCUUCUCUCUAGAACUCAGAGCUCAACAGAUUACUCGCGGCAAUCAUCGCUACCUCAUGACGAUACUUCUAGUCAACAAGACCACCCAUAUUCAUCUCACCAUCUUGUCGACCGGAGACCCUCAGCUGACAUGGUACCAUCACAAAAUAGUCCCAGAGUUGACUGGCGUCAGCCAGAUAUGACAGGGUCAUUCACUGGAGCACUCGAAGCAAUCCCACAAUCAGAGAUGCGAUCAUCAAGAGAUCCAUCCUACAGGCCAGAGCGCAAGCACUCGCGGAGUUGGGAGGAGGGUGGUCAAGUUGACGUACAUAACUUUCAGGAUUCAAACGUGCCGCCACGCAAGCGUUUGCAUCACAUAGUAAAUUCAUCUGGUCACAGCGCACCUUUGAUAUCUCAGGCCAUAGCAUUGCCCCUACGACUCUGAGAUGGCAGGUCGCUUAUCGGCGUUUAAAGAAUCGCCGACAGUGCGACUUUGCAUUUUUCAGCAACUUUUGCCCAUCCUGAUUUCGUGCAUAUUAUAACCAUCCCUUCCUAGUUGGGAGGGUGGUCAGCAUAUUCUUCUUCUCUCGGACAUUCUAUACCAUCUCAUUUUCACAUCACUUUCUGGCCAACUGUGUCGCUAAUUGUAUUUUGAGCUCUGUAUUACACCGCUAUACUUAUUAUUGAUUCGUCGUUCUAGAUCACUACAAGAUCUCGAUUGUUCUAUUCGUCUGCGCAAUUGCACACGCCAGAAAUGUUCUGACAUAA